GGCUUGCAUUCAUUCGAUCGGCAACAUUCCAAGCGAACGCAUCGCUGCAAGAAAGAUUGUGGAAAAUAAGAGAGAAAGAUAAAGAAGGAUUGCCAGCGUGAAGAUCGUUAUCAAUUUUACUACAAUAUUCGAAAAGAAAACCAAAGAAUGGCCGAUAUCACGAGCAGCUUGAAGAUUCUCUUCCAGGGCGAGACCAACCUCAUCACUUGCGGAUCCUCGAACACCUACGAAGAGGUCAUCUCCCAAGCCAUGACCCGCUUUGCCAUUCCGGAGACCCAAAGGAAAGCCCUCAUCCUGACCAACGGCAAGGACUACGUGUUUGAGGCGCAUUUACUGGAGUAUUUCCUGCUUCUGUUUCCCUGCCCGGAGAUUACCUUUCACCUGAGAUUUGACUGGUCAAAGAUGCGCCGCAGCAUGGGCCAGACCGAGUCCCUUAAGCGAAAGCGUCUAGUGGAUUUGGAGCAAACCGAGGGCCAGAAGGAGGAGGACCAAGAAAAGGAGGAUCCGGUGCCGGAGUACAAGCCGGUGCCCGUCUACCGGAUGAAUUGCUUCCUGGGAUCGCUGCCCACUGCCGGCGCCAUGCCCGUGCAUCGUCAGAAUUGUUUCCUUAGGGAACAGUCGCAGCAGCAGUUGAAUGAGAUUUCCAUACCUCGGCUGCAGGAGGACGAUGACCAGCAGAAGGAGCCGCCCAAGAAGCGCCAGCGCGUGGACGUCUGUACGAAGCCAAGACGCACUGCGUCCACGUCAGUUGGUCCAUCUCCUGUUCCUGUCAUGCGCACGAUUCGCAUUUAGGUCGCCAAUCACGGAUUGUACAUAGCUCUAGUACGUAUACGAUACUCCAAUUAGUUGUAUUUAUAAGCUAAAAGGUUGAACCAUUGUUCCUAAGACUCAAACUGCACUUAUCGCACCAAACAAACGUCCAAACCAAAUGUUAUAUUAUGUAAAAUAAUCAUUUUUGUUGAUAAUUUUAAGCUAUGUGAAUGCAACAUACUUUAGAUCCUAAUCAAUCUUGUGGUCUAUUAUGAUUUGAGAUUUAAUUAAUCGCCGUAAUACACUAUA